AUGGAGGACCUCAACCUUUACAUAUUAACCUCCAACUGUGCGCGCACUCUCAUCGAUGUGGAUUUAUUCGCAGAUCACUUCUUCGAUACGCUCUCUACAGAAGCUCGAGAAGAGCUGGGAGCCCCCGAACUGAUCGUGCUCUCCUUGCAGGAGAUUGCGCCAAUUGCGUACUCAUUUUUGGGUGGCACAUACCUCACACCCUAUUUCGAUGCAUUUGUGAAAACAGUCAAGAAAGCUACUGCAAAACUAUGGAAUGAGUCGUAUGUCAAUCUAGUCAAGGACCAUACUGGUAUGACUGGGUUAAUGGUCUUCGCCCGGGCGGAUAUCAUGAACAAGAUCACUUGGGUUGAUACGGCUCAUGUCGGGUUUGGUGUCCAGGAAAUGGGUAACAAAGGUGCUGUUGGAGCUCGUCUGGGAUACGUGGCCGAGGGUCAUCCAUCCAAGACAGUUGACUUGACAUUCGUGGCAGCGCACUUGGCGCCAAUGGAGAAUGCUUUGGAACAGAGAAAUCUGGACUGGAGAAGUAUAGUUGAGCGACUCGUUUUCUCUCAUGAAAUCACCACACCAAAGUCUCUUGAGCGAAGUGGUUCAGAUGAGAACGCUGCUCUAUUAGCCGAUCACGAGUCCUCCCAUCAUUCUGCAGGUAGUUCCAAGGAUCUAUUCUCUCCGAACUCCUACCUAUUUCUCGCAGGAGACCUGAACUACCGAACUUCAAACAUCAGUCCUCUCCAAGGAGAUCUUGUCCGAUUUCCCCGUCAGGGAGUUCCUCGUGAUGAUCCCGCGCAUUAUUCUCACCUACUGAAAGAGGAUCAGCUGAUGCGCGAAAUGGGCCAAGGCCGCUGCUUCCACGGGUUAUCAGAGGCCGCGAUUGAUUUUCCUCCCACUUACAAAUACUCCAGUGCAGCACAGAAAGCUGCACGUCUUACCCUGAUGGAGGGGAAGACCGAGGCAGAGUGGAAAUGGUCAACUCACCGCUGGCCCAGCUGGUGUGACCGAAUCCUUUACUGGGCUGGAGAUAUCGAGCAUGUCAAACCACUUGCAUACAAUGCACUUCCUCUUUUCCCACACUCAGACCACCGACCUGUUGCGCUGGCGGUGUCGGUUCCUCUGGAGCCCUUGGAUACCCCCUCUGAGACAGAUCACGCGGUGCCUAAGGCCAAAAAAACGGUGGCUCCAUUUGCAAUUGACCCUGCCUGGCAGGCUCGUAGGGAUGCUGCACGACGAAAGGAGAUAUUGGUGGGACUCCUGGCAUAUUUGAGUCUAACUUGGGAAGGAAAUGGGCUGCUUCUUGCUUCGACGGUGGGGCUUCUUGGUGCAUGGUUUGUGCUUCAGUCUCUAUGGGCUGUUUGA